ACUCUCACGCUUUAAGUGACAACAUUGCUUUGGAGUUCCAAUAAAGUAACCUGAGUCAGUGAAGCAAAUACAAGCACCUUAUGAGAUGUGACUAACUUUGGAGCUCUGCAUUUUUCCUUUGCUGCUGUUUAUAGAUGACAUAGAAACACUUGCUGGCACUGCAGCUGGCCUAAUGGACUUAAAGCUGGGAUCGAGCAGGUGAAGCAGAAGCAUGGCAUUGUUCAGCUUAAUGCUGAUUCCCUUUGUGAUCAGCUCUGACGCUGCUUCUGCUUGCCAGAAUACGGAUGACUUUGUGGGUGCCAGUUCUCCAGGAGACAUUAUUAUAGGAGGUUUGUUUGCAGUUCACAGUGAAAUGCUGCAUCCAGAAGAGCAUCCUAUCAAGCCAGUAAUUCAGAACUGUGCUGGCUUUGAAAUCCAAAUUUUUCUUCAGACUCUUGCAAUGAUACAUGCUAUUGAAAUGAUCAACAAUUCGACAUUAUUAUCUGGAGUUACUCUGGGCUAUGAAAUCUAUGAUACCUGUGCAGAAGUUACAAAAGCCAUGGCAUCUGCUCUGAGGUUCCUGUCCAAAUCCAAUACUUCUAAGGAUAUUGUAGAGUUCAAAUGUAACUAUUCAGACUAUGUACCAAGAAUUAAGGCAGUCACCGGAGCCAGCUACUCUGAGGUGUCAAUGGCAGUUUCAAGGCUAUUGGCUUUGCAACUAAUCCCACAGGUCAGUCCUGCAUCAUCAGCUGAAAUCCUCAGUGACAAAAUCCGUUUUCCUUCUUUCUUGAGGACUAUCCCCAGUGAUUUCCAUCAGACAAGAGCAAUGGCCCACCUGAUCUGUGAGUCUGGGUGGAAUUGGAUUGGAGUAAUAGCCACAGAUGAUGACAACGGGCGCUUUGCUGUGGAGAGUUUUGGUGUCCAGGCCAUGGCAAACAGUGUUUGCAUAGCCUUUAAAGAAAUGCUGCCUGCCUAUCUCUCUGAUAACACCUUUCAUACAAAAGUUGAUCGUGCAAUCGAGAAGAUUGUCAAGGAAACCAGAGUAAACGUUAUUGUGGUCUUUAUGAGACAAUUCCAUGUGCUCAAACUAUUUAAGAAGGCAAUUGAGCGAAAGGUAAAAAAGAUUUGGAUUGCAAGUGAUAACUGGUCAACUGCAGUGAAAAUCAGUACAAUGCCUAACAUCAGAAAGCUGGGAACUGUUGUGGGAUUUGGAUUUAAAAACAAGGACAUGUCAACAUUUCAAGACUUUCUGAGAAAUCUUCAUGAAAGGCCCACUGAAAACAACAAGUUUUUACUUGAAUAUAUUAUGCUUUUGUCAGUCUGUGCACACCUGGACAACUACGAUUUUCAAAUGUGUAUUUCAAGCCAGUCCCAGUAUGAUCUGAUGCAAAAUGUUGAGAAUAAACAGCAGAUCUGGAGAGAUGAUUUUUUGAAUGCCAAUAUUGAACCAGGAUUUAUCCAUAGUACUAUACUUGCAGUCUAUGCCAUUGCCCAUGCCAUAAAAGGGCAAUGCAAAGACAGAAACUGCAAGGAUCCCUCUGCUUUCACCCCCUGGGAGCUCCUUGAAGAACUUAAAAGAGUUACAAUCAUUGAUGAUGAUAAAGAAAUUAAGUUUGACUCCAAAGGUGAUAUGAGCUCUGGUUAUGAUGUACUUCUUUGGAAAGAAGUUGAUGGCCGCAUGGAAAUCACCACUAUGGCAGAAUAUGACCCAGAAAAUGGUUACUUCAUCUUUGAGGAUGAGGAGAAAAAAAAAGAUUUUCUGGAUUUAAAGAAGGUUCCAUCAACGUGUUCUCAGCACUGCAGACCAGGGCAGAUGAAGAAGGUUACAGAAAGUCCACACACGUGCUGCUAUGAGUGCGUUUACUGCCCAGAAAACCACUACAGCAAUCGAACAGAUAUGGAUUAUUGCUACCGGUGCCACAACAAAACCUACUGGGCACCCGUGAACAGCACUACAUGCUACAGAAAAACGAUCCACUUCCUCGGCUGGACAGACUGGUUUGCUAUUUUCCUGCUUCUCCUCUCCGCCUUUGGGGUUGUGCUCAUUUUUUCCAUCAGUGCAAUAUUCACAAAAAACUUGAGCACACCGGUUGUAAAGGCAUCUGGAGGUUUAACUGUCUGCUAUAUUAUCCUCCUCAGCCACUUCUUCAUUUUUUUAAGCACUGUGUUCUUCAUAGGUGAACCCACUGAAUUCAAAUGUAGAACUCGGCAAGCCCUCUUUGGCAUAAGUUUUGCACUCUGCAUUUCAUGCAUUUUAAUAAAAUCACUAAAAAUUUUACUAGCCUUUAGUUUUGAUCCCAAGCUGCAGAAUUUCUUGAAGUGCGCCUAUAAACCUAUAUUUAUUGUAUUCAUCUGCACUGGGAUUCAAGUUAUCAUUUGCACCUUCUGGCUAAUAUUUAGGACGCCUUUUGUAAAGCAAAAUUUCUCUAUUCCGAGAGCCAUAAUUCUGGAGUGCAAUGAGGGCUCUGUUGUGGCUUUUGGGAUUAUGCUGGGCUACAUAGCUGCUCUAGCCUUCAUCUGCUUCAUAUGUGCUUUUAAAGGCAGGAAGUUACCGGAGAACUACAACGAAGCUAAGUUCAUAACUUUUGGCAUGUUAAUUUACUUUAUAGCAUGGAUUGUAUUUAUCCCUGUCUAUGUAACUACAUUUGGCAAAUACUUACCAGCAGUGGAGAUCAUUGUUAUAUUAAUAUCCAACUAUGGGAUUCUCUGUUGCACAUUUUUUCCUAAGUGCUAUAUCAUAAUUUACAAGCAAGAAACAAAUACAAAGUCUGCCUUCCUCAAGAUGAUUUACACGUACUCUUCCAAGAGUGUAGGCAGCGUUGCUGUCAGCCAGAUUUCCUUGGACUCAAAGUCUUCCAGCUCCCGAAUCACUGCAUCAGACUCGUGUAAUGCUGAGAAGAGCUCUGUGAAUGGAAACUGCCAUUUUCAAGUGCCUGGGCCGACACCAGUAAAAGAGGAAGAUGUUCUUAAAAAAGCAACAAGGACUCUGUCCAGGAAAAGGCUGUCCAGCAUAUGACUGGGCUUUGUUGAAGUACUAGAAGAAGAGAAGCCAUUUUAGUGAGACAUUUCUCCUUCAGAUCUCUCUCUUUCUUGUACACCCAAGGAAAACAAACCGUGCAAACCAUACUCUGGUGGUUAUUCAUUGCUAGGUUUGAAAGGCUUUCCUGAAGCCCCUGCUAUCAUGGGAACCUCCAGUAUCUCCCUACUUUCCCCAUCCUCAUCCCCAUUCCAUUCACAUAAGCCACCAGAGCAUCUCCCAGGACUUCACUGCUCUCAGCCAAACAGAAGCAUCAGGAAGGUCUUACUUCUCACAAGCAGGCAGGAAUGCAUGGACUCACACACAGUUUUUCUAAUGUCUUUUCUGCCCAACUGCUUAAGGAGUUCUUCUUCUCACCUGUAUCUUUUUUACAGGUCAAACAGAGCUCCCUCCUAGUCUUUGUUUGCCAGGAUAAGCAAGCCCAGACCUUUUGUCUCCACUUUUCAGAUAGGCUUUCUAUUCUCCUGAACAUCCAAAAGCAACCUUUUCACCCAGUUUGGGUGAAUCCUUUGUUUGAUUUAAAUUAUGUGCCCAAAAUUCUGUGCCUUAUUCCAUCUGAGUGCUGCAGCAACAUUCAAGGUUCCUUGUAUUUACCAGAGAGAUAAUGAACUGGAGAAAGGGCUGUGUAAAACUGGAAAGAUUUACCUGAACCACUGCAGUUGUUUGUAGGCUCAUUUUCUUCCUUCCUGUACUCAGAAAUACACUUAUUUGCCCCACACACCUUCUCUAACUCAUGCAGAGAAGACCCUUCACACUUGUCCCCAAGUGUUCUCUUUUUUGAAGGAAGGAUAACUCCUCCACAAAGUGCAACAUCAAAGCUUACAAGCACAGAUUGAUUCCCCUCGUUAGCGUAAACAAUAUAAUGAUCACAAUCAGCAUGAAUGCACCCUGUGAAUUUUAGCUUUACUGACAUUUGUUUGAAAAGUCUGACUUUUACAAGAACAGGGCACUGCACCGCUCCAGUGCAUUAAAAUCACACCAGUAUGAGCUGCUGCACUGCAAGUCUCUGCUCUGCAACUCCACAAGUAUGACUACACAGCAUCUCCUGUGCAUGAGACACACUCCAGGAAGGACCCAGUCAUCUGGAGUGACUACACUGCAUCUCCUAGUUAAGGGAUGGCCAAGUCUUGUGUUAGGCAGGGCACAGCUUUCCUGUGGUGCUGUCUCAUAGCCAGGCUGGAGGGGAACAGCUUCUUUAGACACUGAGCAGCGAAGUAUUGUGAAGAACAUUUCUGUGUGUCCAUGAGGCCUCUGACCCGGACCAGAGAAACCCUGCUUUGCAGCUUUAACUUCUGUGCACAUAACUGAGAAAAGAUGCUGACCUCUUCAGUUUGGUCCAUGCUUCUGUUUAGAUGUGGAAUGAUGUAAUGCUGUUGUGGGUCUAAACAAAGCUUGGCAGACUUGUUGUUACAUGUUGUAUUAUUGUUAUAUGCAAUAGAUCUAUUUUUCUAGCAUUCUUAUUUAUAUGCUGCAAAUUAGAUCUGCAUGACUUUUUGACUCAGAUUUGUUUAAAGUGUCUAUAGAUCAAAUUUCAGCAAUGGACACAACUUCUGAAAUCACUGAGAUGCGGACUUAUAUAUGUCAUAUGCAUCAGGGAAGACUUUUUAAAGUAAUUUGAAUGGCAAGGGUGCAAUUUGUAUAUAUAUAUAUUUGAGCAAUUAUGUACUUUCUGUAGCUGACUGGAAAUACUGCAGGUAUUUGUAUGAUAACUGCUGCUUGUGCUUCAGUUGUUGUGAGUACUGUUUGGAAUACAAAUCUCUCUAUAGGACUAUAGGUACACAAACUCCUAUCUAGGAGUUUGGCUGCUCCUACAGUUUGGCUGCCAAUGCAGAAAAAAGUAGAACACAAAGCUUUCAUCUCAUGAUGACUAUCCAAAAGGCUAAUUUGGAUAAAGGGUUGUACAUGUAUUUAUUGUUUUCAAAAGCAGUGAGCAUAUCAUUUCUUGAACAAUGGGGUGAUUAAAGUCAUGUCCUUGUUGAAAACUGAAUUGGCUUGCUUCAGUUCCUCAGCAGCAGGUUGGUUUGGCUGUGAGCAGCAGUAGCAGAACCCCACCAUUCACUGCUCUCACCCGCAGAAGCCGGGGUGCUUCCCGCAAUGCCCGCCGGGUGGGCGGCCGAGUGCAGUUGGGCUGUCCCUGCUAUGGGAUGGGGAGGGAAGUACCUCUAAUGGGCGAUGGCAGCAGCACGAGAGUUCUGCAGGAGCUAUCCAUAAUGAAAGGGAUUGCAAAAGGCAGAAAUUCAGGGGAAGAACAUGAGAGAACGAAUAUAUCCCAUUCUGGGGACCUCCAAACUGCAUGUACACCUCUGGUCCACUUUGCCACAGCCACCAAGUCCCCUUUGUCUAUGACUUCUGUGAGCUGUUUGUCUCUCCAGCAACUCACAACUUCUGUGCAAAGCAUAAUCAGCCAGACCUGGAAGAGGGGAUGCAGCAUGUUUUCUAGCUACUAUUGGCAGAAAAUACUCAAAAAAUUAAGUAAAUCAGAAUAAAAUAGACUAAAAAAUAAUAAAAAAUUCUAAAUUUUUUAAAAUUUAAUUUCUAAAAAAAUAGAAUAAAAUAAAGAUUCCAAUCUCUGCUGCAUGUCCUUAAACAUCAGUGUGGAUGUGACUUCAGGGCCAAAGAGGAGGGUUUUUCUUCCCAAACCAGGCCAUGCUCUGCCUUCUUCCUUUAGAAAGAUCCCACCAGUUUGCCACAAUGCUAAUGUGCAUGUGUGCCCAUAUUAAAAAUUUUUUUAAUCUCUGAAGGGGUCAGAGAGGACACAUGAUCCCCAGACAUCUAUGUCCAGGUGAGCCAAGGACAGAAAUGGUGUUUGUUUGUUAGUGAAGAGUGUGAAGCUGUACUAUUCAUCUUUUGGGGCUGAAUGUCAUCCAUUGCAAUAAUGCUGAAUAAUGGAUGCUGAAGCUCUUGGUCACUUCUUUUGGUGCUUUUCCAUCUCCCCAGAGACAUCAUAGAAAAGGGCAGAGCUGCUCUGUCCAUGAGCAGUGGUCCUGUUCUUCCUCUCUAUAAUUGUUAACAGACAUGAGAAAGCCAGUGCCUGGCUUUUGCACAGGUGUCAGAUAAACUUGGUUUGUUUAAAGAAUGUCUCAUUUGCAGGACAUUUUAUUCCAGUGUAGAAUGUGGGAAGUCAGUUUUCAUUUUCUCAACAGUUUGCCAUCAGAAAGAGCUGCCUACAUCAGGCUGUGCUGCUGAGAACAGGGAAUCAAGUUUUGGCUACAAAUGAUUCACAUCUUCUCCCUAUCACUCUCUCACUGGGCACAGAAUGCUGCCACCUCACAAUGCAGCCCCUUUGGGGGCUUUAUGGAAUUCAUUUUGAUAACAGACAACAAUGCAUUCUGGGGUUCUGGCAUUGGCUGGACCAUAGAAUCACAGAAUCACAAAACUCCCUGAGUUGGAAGGGAUUCAUAAGGAUCAUAAAGUCCAGCUCCCGGCUCCACAAAGGA